UUCUUGAAAUAGAAAAGGUUCCGUUCAGUCACAGUUAAACGUCUCAACUACGAAUGAGCUCACUUCUCUGCCACCAGCGGCUUCUCUCUUCCUGCAAAGACCUUACCUUUCUUCUCCAAAUUCAUGCUCGUAUAAUCACCUCAGGCUUUAGUUUCAACAUUUCCACCACAACCCAUCUCAUAAACUUAUACUCUUCCUUCAAAAAAUGCGAUUUUUCUCGCACCCUUUUCGAUUCUACACCAAACCCACCUGUAAUUUUGUGGAAUUCAAUGAUCAGAGCUUAUAUCAGAACAAAUCAGCAUCAAGAAGCUCUGAAAAUGUACAGUUCAAUGUUGGAAGAAAAGGGUAUUCACCCGGAUAAGUAUACAUUUACUUUUGUGCUGAAAGCCUGUACUAUAAUGUCUGAUUUUGAAAAGGGUAUCAAGAUUCAUGAAGAGAUACUGAAUAGGAAUCUUGAAAAUGAUGUCUUUAUUGGGACUGGGAUUAUUGAUAUGUAUAGUAAAAUGGGUGAUUUGGAGAGUGCAAGGAAGGUGUUUGAUAAAAUACCUGACAAGGAUGUUGUAGUUUGGAAUGCAAUGAUUUCUGGGGUUGCACAGAGUAAAGAGCCGGUUAAGGCUGUUGAUCUUUUCAAGAAGAUGCAAUUUGUUUGUCAAAUUAAUCCUAGUUCAGUGACGUUAUUGAAUUUGCUUCCUGCAGUUUGUAAAUUAAUGGAUAUGAGGGUGUGUAGGUGUAUACAUGGUUAUGUGUAUAGGAGAGUGUUUCCAGUUUCGGUUUAUAAUGCGUUGAUCGAUACGUAUGCCAAAUGUAAUUAUUCUAAUGUUGCUCGUCGAGUUUUUGAUGAGUUGAGGGGGAAAGAUGAUGUUUCAUGGGGUACAAUGAUGGCAGGUUAUGCAUAUAAUGGGAACUUUUAUGAAGUUUCGGAAUUGUUUGAUUGCAUGAAGAGGAUGGGCUUGAAGAUGAGCAAAGUAGCAGCUGUAAGUGCAUUGGUUGGUGCUGGUGAAAUGGGCGAUUUAGAGAGAGGGAUAAAAAUUCAUGAAUGGUCAAUUCAAGAAAUGAUUGAUUCUGACGUUAUGAUUGCUACUUCUUUGAUGACAAUGUAUGCAAAGUGUGGAGUGCUAGACAAGGCUAGAGAUCUGUUUUGGGGAAUUGGGGAAAGAGAUUUGGUUGCUUGGUCUGCAGCAAUAGCUGCUUUCUCACAAUCAGGAUAUCCUCAAGAGGCGAUCUCUCUGUUUCGAGAUAUGCAGAAUGAGUAUUCACAGCCAAACAAUGUUACUCUGGUGAGCGUAAUCCCAGCCUGUGCUGAGCUAAGGGAAGUGAAAUUAGGAAAGAGUGUCCACUGUCAUGCCAUCAAAGCCAGUAUGGAUUCUGAUAUUUCAACGGGAACUGCCUUGGUUUCCAUGUAUGCUAAGUGCAACCUGUUUACUUCUGCACUUUAUAUUUUCAAUAAGAUGCCACUAACUGAGGUAGUGACAUGGAAUGCUCUAAUUAACGGGUAUGCCCAAAUUGGUGACUGCUAUAAUGCAUUAGAAAUGUUUUGCCAAUUAAGGUUAUCUGGAUUAUACCCAGACCCUGGGACAAUGGUUGGUGUACUUCCAGCUUGCGCCUCCCUUGGUGAUGUACGCUUGGGGACAUGCCUUCAUUGUCAAAUUAUCAGACACGGGUUUGAGUCAGACUGUCAUGUGAAAAAUGCUCUAAUUGACUUGUAUGCCAAAUGUGGAAAUUUAUCUUUGGCUGAGUUCAUGUUCAACAAAACUGAGUUCUCUAAGGAUGAGGUGUCCUGGAACACAAUGAUUGCAGGAUACAUGCAUAAUGGACUUGCAAAAGAAGCCCUUUCCGCAUUCCAUUCCAUGAAAUUUGAAUCAUUUCAGCCCAAUGUGGUGACACUUGUGAGCAUCCUGCCUGCGGUGUCACAUUUGACAUACUUGAGAGAGGGCAAGACUAUACAUGCCUACAUAAUCAAGUGUGGCUUUCAGUCCCAUAAGCUUGUAGGGAAUAGUCUUAUCGAUAUGUAUGCCAAAUGUGGUCAACUUGACCUAUCUGAGCGUAUAUUUGAGGAGAUGAAGAACACUGACAGUGUUUCUUGGAAUGCUUUACUUACAGCAUAUUCUAUGCAUGGGGAAGGUGAUUGUGCUCUUUCUGUUUUCUCUCUAAUGGAAGAGAGAGACAUCGAAGUUGAUUCUAUAUCCUUCCUUAGUGUCUUGUCUGCCUGCAGACAUUCAGGCUUGGUUGAAGAAGGAAGGAAAAUAUUCCACUGCAUGCGUGACAAAUAUCACAUCGAACCAGAUGUGGAACACUAUGCCUGUCUGGUAGACAUGUUAGGACGUGCUGGCUUGUUUAAUGAAAUUAUGGAUCUACUCAACACAAUGCCUAUGGAACCAGAUGGUGGAGUUUGGGGGGCCUUGUUGGAUGCAUCUAGAAUGCAUUCUAAUAUUGAGAUAGCAGAAGUUGCUUUGAAGCAUCUUGUCAAAAUUGAGCGAGGAAAUCCAGCUCAUUAUGUGGUAUUAUCAAGUUUAUAUUCUCAAUCUGGUAGGUGGAACGAUGCAGUACAUACUAGAGUAAAAAUGAACGAAAUUGGAUUGAGAAAGAAUCCAGGCUGUAGUUGGGUUGAGGUGAAGUAGGGGACAUUAAAUUUUGUGCAAGUGCAAUAGAGAUGGCCCUUGGUAUUACUCUUUGUUGACCUGGUCUGAUGGUGGCAAUCCAACUGGUGAAGAAUCUCCAUGAUUUUGCAGGUUACUUACAACUUCAAGGUUGAUCUCUAAUAUCUGCAAAAUAUGGCAAGCUUCAAGCUCCACCCCUCCACAGCUCCACCUAUAAAUUGUAGGAUUUACAACUGAUCAUAUGGCUCCUACAGUUGGGGGGAAACAAAACAUGCUUCAUAAUAAUUACUUCCUCCGUCCUAUUUUAUGUGAUGUCUGACUGGGCACGAAGUUUAAGAAAACAGGACGGGAAUCUUUCCCUAAUCGUGAUGGCGUUGAGGGCUUAUGUGAAGCUCCAACUUAUAGGCAACAUUUUCUGUAUUUCCAGCAACAACAUAAGUUGGAAAGGAAGUACUUUGGGCUGUUUAAAGGUCUGAAGUGAAUUGGUGCCGAAAUACACCCAGUUCUCCACAUUUCUUUGCUCAAC